GNAUGAGCAUCGGCCUACUUUCGACCCCAGGAGCCGUCGGCGUGUGAUCUCUCGGUGACAACGGUGUGGUGUACGGCCUGGCCGUGCCUUUGUUCUGAGAAGGAACGCUACCAUCCGGCUAUUGGGCUCGCCUUUUUGACAUGGUCCCCACCCUCGAACCUGCUCUCGCCCUUUAAACCCAUCCGUCCUACCCAUGUCCAGUGGAGCUAGCUCAUCCAACAUGCCCGGGCCCGCCUCACCCCCCGCCCAACUCUUGGUGGAUAUUGGCUCAGGUCGGCCGGAAUCUAACGGGCUGGAUUACGCCCCCUUAGACGGUCAAGAUGGCGCGCCCACCCUCGAGCCCGCAGCCACCGUCAUCCAGUCGAUUCCGGGCGACACGCAUCCGGUGGACGUGCACGUGUCCAUAUUGAAUGAAGCCUCCACCUCCGGGGUCCGCAUCCCCUCUUAUCAAAAUCAAACCGCGGCCGAUAUCGAGUCCGGUCGGUCCCGUCUAGAUUCCGUGGGUUCAUUUUCUUCGGGUGCGUCCGACGAGGCGUUGCUCUCGAGCACUUCUGGCACUGUGUCAGCCCCGGCAGGUACGGUCGGACCGGCCCCGGCUUCACCGCGCCGCCCGGCCCCCGCCUCUCAUUUUCCCCGACGCGAAAAUCUACCCCUGCUUCGCGGUCGACACCACGCUCGACAUCAGUACGAGGAGAUUGACGAACAUCUGAAUAAUUUUCCCGAUGAUCCCCAUUUCACGGAAUUGAUCCGACAAGCCGAGUUGGCCAUUGACAAUGGAAUUCUCCCUGAGCGCAUCUACCAGGGGAGCAGUGGAAGUUAUUUCGUUAAGAACCCGGACGGCAAGGUCAUUGGUGUGUUCAAACCCAAAGACGAGGAGCCCUACGGACGAUUGAACCCCAAGUGGACCAAAUGGAUGCAUCGUUUGUGCUGUCCGUGUUGCUUCGGACGGUCGUGCCUGAUUCCAAAUCAGGGUUACAUGUCAGAGGCUGGAGCUAGUCUCGUUGACCAAAAGUUGGGUCUUGAUGUGGUUCCGAAGACGAAGGUGGUCAAUCUGGCGAGUGACACAUUUAACUACCUCCGAAUCGAUAUUGAAAAGGCCAGAGCCAAACGAAUGGUUUACGAGCAUUUCCCUAAAGUUGGAAAGCGUUUUCACCGCCUCGGACUUCCACCCAAGGUCGGAUCAUUUCAAACGUUUGUCGAAGGAUAUAAAGACGCUGACCAACUUCUCAGGCGAUUUGAGGUCGAGCCUCUCUCGGAGGCGGUUAGCAAGGACUUUCAAUUUCGCUUUGAGCAAUUGGUCGUCCUUGAUUACAUCACACGAAAUACGGACCGUGGCAAUGACAAUUGGCUCAUCAAUUAUGAAAGACCAGAUCUGAAAAGUGAUAAUUCCUCGACCACGACAGGGGAUGCCGAGGCUGGACCGAGUAGUGGUAGUGGUGUAGAGAGUUGGGGAUUGGUUGAACCCUCGAAAAUUGACAUCGCUGCCAUAGACAACGGCUUGUCGUUUCCUUUUAAGCAUCCUGACUCGUGGCGUACGUAUCCGUAUCACUGGGCUUGGCUACCCUACGCCAAGGUGCCGUUCUCAAAAAAAGUUAAAGAUCUGGUUCUUCCCAAAUUGGCAGACAUGAAUUUUGUCCAAGAUCUCUGUGAUGAACUCUACAACCUGUUCAAGACCGACAAGGGAUUCGACCGCCAUCUAUUUGAGAAACAAAUGAGUGUCAUGAGAGGUCAGAUCCUGAAUCUAACGCAAGCUCUCAAAGACGGAAAGAGUCCCCUUCAGCUUGUGCAAAUGCCUGUGGUAAUAGUGGAGCGAUCCCGAGGCCAUGUUGGGACGACGGAACGUUUCCGGAGCUUCAGUGACACGUUCACCCAACGAUUCCAAAGCAAAUCGCCCUUCUUCUCGUGGUGUUAGGGGCAUCUGCCCCCUAUUGGACGUAAUUAAACAUCGUUUUAGGGCAUCUCGGAUGAAUUGGCGAAUUCAAACGUAUGAAGAAUUCACAUCCGAAAAAACAAGAAAAAAAGAUAUAUCAAUAUGCAAAGUGUCGUCCAAUCGUGGUUUGUCACUUCUUGUACUAUUGUUGGAUUACAGAUGGGCCUCAGGACCUUGGUUUGCUUGGCAACUGGCUGUUUGGUCUAAUUUCAUCAAAAAAAAAAAGAUAGUGGUGUCCGUUUGUCAUAUUUUAAUAUUACUAUUUCACGAUUAUCGUCUUCAAAACAAUAUCUAAUCCUAAUGUAAUCUAUUUUGUGAUAGAGAUUCAAUACAUUGUUCCCCCUGGUCAA